AUGGUAAAGGUGUUCUUCCAGAUGUCAGCCAAACACUUCAAUAAAGUUUGGCCAACCAAGAUUAUUAUACAAAAUGAAAAAACCCUUUCCAAUACAGCACAUCAUAACAAUAAAAUGUCAAAAUCCGCAGCCGUUUGGAAUACAGCCUUCCUUCUGCUGUUCUGUGGAAUUGAAGUCGCACGUUCUCAAUCCAACUAUGCCUCGCAGGCUAAUAAUGUGGAGUAUAUCGGCGAGGGACUGCCCGAGAACGCUUUGCUUGAUGGCAAGGUGACGAAACUAGACGAUUUGAGUCCCAUAAUCUUCCUGAAUCGAACAAAAGCGGCUUUAUAUUGCGGAGCUGGAUCUAUGCAGAUCGAAUUGAAGUUCAACGAGCCAUUUUUCGGAAUAGCUUAUGCAGACUUUGAUAGGAAUUCUGCCUGCACUGUGGCUGGAAAUGGUGAUUUGAGUUACAAACUCGAAUUGCCUCUGAAAGGAUGCGGUACCAGACAAGAUCCGCAACGUGUUUUCACAAACAACAUUGUCGUACGUUUUCAUCCAAAUUUGGAAAUCGAAGGCGACGAAGUUGUGACCAUUGUGUGCAGAUAUCCUCCUCCAAUAGCUCCUCCGCCAGCUGGUGUCCCAAAUUUUAUCCGGCUGGGCAACUGGGUCUGUGGUGCUGGUUUUGCAGCAGUUCCUUUAACUUCUUCUUCUUCAGUGAUUUACCCGAAUAUGCACCAGAACUACGUCGGAUCAGAUUCCGAGAAACAGCCGUUUUUUCUUAGCGUCGUUUCGAGUGAAGCGAACUCACAAUCUUUGCCGGUCUACAGGGCAAUUCUAUUCAAGAGAAGUGGAACCCAGAAAAUAUCCCUAUCAAGUUCUCCUGGACAAAAAAUGACAGUAAAACAUAUCCUAAACAAAUUUCCCGGAGCAGAACGAGUAGAGAAAACGCCUAAGGAAAUUUACACAGCAGAUGUACAAAAAGAUCUUCUAUUAUUAGAAGAGCAAGAAGGAUCAGUCAAUUUCAAAUUUGGAAUAGUUUAUAUGCGCAAAGGGCAGAGCACUGAUGAUGAAAUGCUCAGCAACGAACAUGGCAGCACUGAAUUCGAUAAAUUUGUUCGUUUGCUCGGAGAUAAAGUUCGGCUUAAAGGUUGGGAUAACUACAGAGGCGGGUUGGAUGUUAAAGGCGACAUGACCGGAAGGCAUUCAGUUUACACUGUGUAUGAAGGCCACGAGAUAAUGUUCCAUGUAUCCACAUUGCUUCCGUUCUCCAAGGACAACCGGCAACAGGUGGAAAGGAAAAGACAUAUAGGAAAUGAUAUUGUUAAUAUUGUAUUUUUGGAAGAUUCUGAUGAAGAUGCAGAUGGAGAUUCAGAUGGAUCACUCGACGAGAUUGAAGAUUUAGAAAAAGAUGAAGCAUUGCACGCCACUUUCAACCCGGCAUCCAUAAAGUCACAAUUUACUCAUGUAUUUGCUGUAGUGAGUUGCAGGCGAGGCGUUUAUCGAUUAUCAGUCUAUUGUGAUGAAUCUGUACCAUUGUUUGGGCCAUCUCUUCCAUGUCCACCAGUUUUUCGAGAUCCCAAUGCUUUUCGAGAGUUUUUACUUGUGAAAAUGAUCAACGGAGAAAAGGCUGCAUUCCAAACUCCAACAUUUGCAAGGAAACGAGAACGUACAUUGGAUAUGCUGAUAAAAGAUUUAUAUGCUGAGCAUAUGAAUGAUUCCAGAAUGACAAUGCUAAAUAGAAGAGCUUUCUCCGAAGUACUAGCAGAUGCACCGAGAGCUUCACGACUCAAAGAAGACGCACGUCAAAUCGAAUUUGUUCGCGUCGGCCAAGCUUUAAAAUUGGACGCGAUCGUGAAAGGCGAUGCACCUACAUCUACUUUAGGAGUCAGUUGUUGUGGCAGUGGUUCCACGAUAUUCAAGAGAGCUCCUUGGGAGCCUGAAUGUUUCUAUCCAGAAUUUCCCGAUGUGAGAAUUGAUUGUGCCGAUAGCUGGGGAGACCACAGCCUUUUUUUGGGAACGGAAGAUGGUUUAUAUGUUGUUGAAGAUGGAAAUGCACAUAUCUUGGUAUUUGAUCGCUCCCUACAAGUUAAGCAAGUUAGUGCGGUGGAAGCGCAUGGACUUUUACUGGUUCGAGCAGGGACUAAUGGAUCUGGUAGUUCUCGCGUGCACGUAUUCCGAUUAGAUGAAUUUAGAGGAGCGACUUCUGGUUCUCCACCACAAGUGCGAACAAGACUUGAUGUAAAAGAUAGAAGAAUGGACAAAACUAGAGGCUGCCACCUUUAUGCAAUUUCUAGACCAGGAGGAGCAUACUUAAAAAUGGCAGUAGCAGUUGGCAAAAGAGUUUUAUUAUUCCAGUGGCGACACACAGCGGCAUGGACUGCCUGGUGUCCUGCCAGUGAUACUGAUACAGUGGAAGGAUUUACAUUUAUUAAGGAAAUAUCUUUGUGCGAAUCACCAACGCUGAUGACUUUACUAGAUGGUCCAGUGGCAAUGCCAAAAUCUCCGAGUUGCAUGUGCGUUGGCUACAAGAAUCACUUCGAAUUGGUUAAUGAAAGCACAGGACAAACGCAUAAAGUACAUAGUGUAGACACAGCUUCAGGAAACAAAGUGGAUAUGGUGGCAGCGCUUGACCUUUAUGAAGAUCAAGAAGUUGAACUAUUGUUAUGCUAUGACCAUACUUGUCAUUUUCAAAAAGUGAUCGAAGAUGGGGGUUCCACCACAGAGUACGACUUCUAUUGGAAUACUGUCCCUUCUUCAAUAGUGUGCGCUUUUCCUUACAUCAUUGCUUUCACCUCGGACUCAAUGGAAAUCCGUCUCUUGGUCAAUGGAAAUUUGGUCCACACUCUUUCGAUGCCACGAUUACAGUUAUUGGCAAGUAAAUCGGAUGUGUACUUCUGCAGUACUGCUCCUGAAUUUAGACCUGCCACAAAUCCAUCUUGUGUCGAACGACCAUCAAUGAAUCACAACAAUCACAAAAACCAUAACUCUGCAAAGAUUCCUAUGGACAACUGUUCUGUGACGCCUAAUCAUUCACCGCCACCACAUUCUUCGUCAUAUGAUAACAAUUCGAAGCCAUUGCGAUUAUAUCGGAUACCAGUUGCUCAUCUUAGUGGAACUAGUGCAAUUUCUGAACAUGGUCGUAGACCACCAAGUGCGGGAAAUAGAAGGUAUUCAAAAUUUGCAUCAAGUGGCGAUAAAAGCAUCGCAAAAAUUACAGAGGAAGACAGAACAAAUAGUACGAAUCAAGAUUUUCUAGUACCUCCUAGAAGAGAGUUUUCAAGAAGUUGUUCAAGUUCGCCUACGCCUCCUUCUAAUAAAUUUAAUACUUCUUUCUAG